CGCCGUGCAGCGUACAUGCCAGACAAAAUGGGAAAUAUAUCCAGUUGACGCACUGUAGCUACAGCAUUUUGUGAAACGUGGCGGCAGUCCGUUAAGGGCCCGUUUCGAGAAGACCCCUUUCACUCUAAACCAAGCUGUGACGGACGGAAGUGAACUUAGGACGGAAAGAGUUUAGUGGUUUAGUCACGAAUGGCUUUCGACUCAGUUGGCAGCGAUAGAGGCGGAGGUGAGGCUGCGUGGAUCAUGCAUCAGCAGAUGCAGUCUGAUCCCAAGUCAUCCUGGCCUUCCAGCUACAACUCAGACAACAAUAACUGGAACAACGGCAUGGAAUCUCAGUAUCCUGGAUACUCAAAUUAUUGGUAUCCUCAGUCGCACUCGGCGGGACCUUACGGCAGCACGUACCCCCCUGGAACAGAGGUCAAUGGACAGGCGUCAUACAAUCCCCAGGCAAUGUCAGCCUAUCCCAAUGGGGUGUACAAUCCAGGACAGUACUCCACGAGUAUGCUACAUCCCUCCAAUCCCUUCUACUGCAGUGACCAAGUUCCUUCAAGACAACCUCAGUAUCACAGCCAGACCUGCCCUGAGCAAAAUGCUGGGGGUUCGGCUCCUCCCCCCUACCCUGUUACUCACUGCCAAGGGGCCCCUGGAUACCCAGCAGGAUCGUACCCUCACUACGGAGAAGGAUGCCCUCCGAAUGCUCCCUACCCCAACCAGCAGCCCAUCCUCUCGAGACCCCAGCACGAGGCCUGGUCCCACUCUGGAGGCUACGGCCACACACCGGCCCAACAGCAAUGGCCGUCCAAUACCCAGACACCCCAUGGCCACUAUAAUCAUGUACGACCACCUCACCCUCCACCCUGGCAAGGACCUGCACCACCUCCAUAUGAGCACAAGGAUCCACCAUAUCACAGUCAGCCUCAUAUGCACCCUCGAAACCAGCCUCCAGGCUCCAAACCACGAGCAAGCACUCCAAACCCAACUCCACCUCCACCCAAAGCCGCCCAGUUCAGCGCCCCACCUCAAAUCUACAACAAGGCUCCCUCCGGAUGUGGAGGCCCCGAGCCCAAUCCAAUCCAGAACGAACAACCUCCAACGUCUUCCCGCCAAGGGUCGUCCGCUCCAGCUCCAUUAAGCGAUAAUCCCAGCCUGGCUCGAGUUCAGCAGGUUCUGGCCAGAGUUCAUCUCCUCCAAGAGGACGUGGAUGAGUUUGUAGGGAAAAAGACGGACAAGAGCUACCGGUGCCUGGAGGAACUUUUGACAAAAGAGCUGCUGGAAUUGGACUCGGUGGAGACCAACGGGCAGGACGUCGUUCGACAGGCUCGCAAAGAGGCCGUCCAGAGGAUCCAGGCCAUCUUGGACCGCCUUGAGAAAAAAGCUUUCUAAUAACAGAGUGGAUUGAUUAUAAUGGUUCGGGUUUUCUUUUUCUUCUUUUUAAUGAUAUCUCGUCAUGAUAACAAAUUAAGAUUUUCAGUUAGUCAGCAUUACCUUUGUGGCAUUUUAGGGGUCUUGUACCCUGCUGAUGGUAAUGUAUUAGUUGAAAUACAGGCGCAAAAUGUCCUAAUCAUUGCAGUGCCAUACUCAAACCAGCCUUCUGCCAUCCAGCAAAGAGCAGCGGCAGUCUGACAUCUGCUCAGAAUUAAACAGAAGUCUCAUUGCAUAACACCAUCUUAAGUUUUUGGGGUUUUUUUUAGUCUAGGCAGACUGAAAAUAAUAAAACAGAGCUAACUUAACCACAUUUUAAUACUUCCAUGGGUUUUUGGUAGCACAGCUUUUCAAGAUCAGAGUCUUUUGCACUUGAAAUGUUGUUUAGCACUAAUAUUACACCAACACAUUAUUCAUUUUAUUGUAAAAUAUCUUGAUUAAUGAAUAAAAAAGGUCAGUUUUUUUGUAACUCACUCCAUUUAAAUUCAUCCCAUUUUCUGUUGUGUUUUGUAUUCGUUUUAUCUCCAGUUUCAUUCAGUCACCUUCAUCGAUCACCUAGCAUCAAAAAGCUAGGUCCGUUCUUCAACGCACACCUCAUGCAAAUCACUUUCAACCCAAGCAGUUUUCUGUUGUUUAAUGUGACAAAUUGCCGUUACACAAAAUUCCCAGUCUUGGAGAUUCCUAUUGAAAUAAUUGUAAUCUCAUUACCACAAACGUGACUGGACACGCAAUCUCAGAGCAACCUUCAGUACCACCUGCCUCUUAACAAGCAAUAGCGAGUAACAAAUCAUGGUUUUCCAAAGCUGCGGUGUAUAAAAGUAGGCUGUUUUAUAAAAAUACAAACUCUUUGAUAUGUUUUGCCCCCAAAACUGAAUCCAUCAAACCAUUGCACGUGGUCUUUAAGGAUCAAUGAAGCCUACACUGCAUCUCCUGUGCUCACUUCCUUUGAUUGUGCACCUGCUUCGCGGUUCAUCUUUUAGUGCAGGCCUUGGUGUUAACAUGAUUGUUUACAUCCUGCAGACUUUUGGGUAUUCUUUUCCUUCGUGCGACUACUGAUCUGUAGCUGAUUCAAUGCAUCUGCGUCAGUGUUCAGGUGGUGGUAGCCAUCUGCGGGGCCUGUAUACAGUCGAAGCCUUUUUAAAAAAAAAGACAAAUAAUGUACAGUUUAUAUCUGAAGGACUGGAGCAGGGAUGUGGAUUAUGGACAGAGCAUCAGCAGUUCUCCAUGGAAUAAAAGUUCCCUUUAACUUCACCACAUUUAAUACUUUGCACCAAAGUCACUGACAUCACGGACCGUUCAACAGGUCUUCCUCCUACCACACAGAUCUUACGUCUGUUUUGUAACCAGGAAAAACAGUGCCAUAAUAUCAGCAGGUGCUUUUUCAUACCACAACAGAGAAGUAUCUCUAAUACUAAAAAACUGCAAAUCAACCGAGCUCUGCAUGAAGUCUCGGAUUCCAUGUUUAUCUUAAUUGUAUGUGUUUUCUCUCUCUGUAAAUUUUCUCUUAUGUAUACCUGAAAUUGUUUAUUAGAUUAAUCUUUACAGAAAAAAGAAAAGUAUAUUUGUAUAACGAAUAUAUUGAAAACACAAAUCCCAAGUAAGGACCAAAAACCUGCCUGCUGAAGUCCCCAUGUAAUGCAUGUUUUUGAACACGAGAGGGGACUUUUUCUUUAUCAUGUUGUAGGACUGAAAGGUCAACUGACUGUAGGGUCUUGUAUUAAAAAUCAAGACAUUUAAUUCAACAGAUUGUUUCACUCUGUAGACAAUAUAUGAAUUUGUUUACAUUUAUUAUUAGAUUCACUGUAAUAGCCCAUUUGAAAACCAUAAGAUACUCAGUCCUU